AUUACAUGAAUCACGCAGCGUAGUUUGUUUUCCGUGCAAGAGCUCAUAAAGAAAGGUUUCAUUUCCUUAUUCCAAUUCGCACGAGCGCGCCUUGUAUGAAUCUGUGCAUGCGUGCGGGUGUGUGUGUGUGUGUUGUGCUUUUUGACGUUUGUCGACGGUGCUGUCAUCUCGCAGCAGAGGCACGAUCGGCAACAAAAACUUCGUGCUUCCACAUCAGACCAGGAGCCUGCACCGUGGAGCGAACGCACUUUUAACAACGCAUUUUGUUUUCAAAAUAAUACUCACUGUCCUCGCUCUAAGCUUUACUGUAUUUGUUUGCCCCCCCGAGCAUGUGCCUGCGUAAAGUGUGAUAGAUUUAAUAUUUAGCUAAUCGUACUGCUACAUAUCGUUAAGCGAAAAGAGGCUGACUUUCUCCCCCUUUCUGGCAAUGCAAUCAUCAUGAAUGUGCAGGAUGGUAUAAAUGCUGCAUUUUCGGUGCUCGUUUCGGUGCUCAUAGUGAUAGUGCUAGUUUGUUUAGGUUGGUAUCUAGUGUGGAAGCUGUUUCUCUCCCGCUUCAAGCUGGUCCGCGAGCUGCUUGGCAUUGCCCAAUCGAACGAACAUUCGCCAGUGCACAGCGCCACGGGCAGGGAUUACUCAACGGCAGCGGGCAGUAGCGGUGUGGUCGGCGGUGGUAGCAGCAUAAUCGGCGGCAGCAUAAACGCCGAUAAUCGCUCCCGUACCCGUAAGGUGCGAAGAGAUUAG